CAAUCAGAAAGCACCAUGCCGUUUAAAACCACGCCCCAACACAUUUUAUCUAAUGGCAAAUUCGGUGUGUCGAACUUGUCGAAGCCAGAUUCGACAAUCAACACGGGGAUGAAACGAAAUAACAUAAGAAAUAGAGUCGAACGGCACAACAACAUGGAGCCGGAGAUGGAGGACAAAACUCUGGAGCUGAUGUGCUCUUUGCCUCGCUCUCUCUGGCUGGGUUGUUCCUCGGUGGCAGAGAGCCUGUGUGCUCUCAGGUGCCUGCAGAGCCUCCCCACCUCCCGGGCCCACAACCAGAGCCUAACCGUGAUGGAGUCUCAGAAUCUCACCGAUGACCUCUCGCCAAAGAAGACGACAGUUUUUAAGCUGGGGAACGGUACACUGUCUGGCUCGAGAAAACGUCUGUCACGUGGCACCUUUGACAAGGAAAGGGAGAUGUGUAUCCAGAUGUUCGAGCAGUGGUCAGAGGCUGAUCAGGUGGAAUUUGUGGAGCAUCUCAUCUCACGCAUGUGCCACUACCAGCAUGGCCACAUCAACUCGUACCUCAAACCCAUGCUACAGAGAGACUUUAUUACAGCCCUGCCAGCACGGGGUCUGGAGCACAUAGCAGAGAACAUCCUGUCCUUUCUGGAUGCAAGUUCCCUGUGCGCUGCUGAGCUGGUGUGUCGCGAGUGGCACCGGGUCGUCUCGGAUGGCAUGCUGUGGAAGAAGCUCAUCGAGAGGAUGGUGCGCACUGAUCCUCUGUGGAAAGGCCUGUCUGAAAGACAUCAGUGGGAGAAGUACUUGUUCAAGAACCGCACAAAUGAGGUCCCACCCAACUCGUACUAUCACUCUCUCUACCCUAAAAUUAUUCAGGACAUUGAGACAAUUGAGGCAAACUGGCGCUGUGGCAGACACAACCUGCAGAGGAUCCAGUGCAGAUCAGAAAACAGCAAAGGGGUUUACUGCCUACAGUAUGACGAUGACAAGAUCAUCAGCGGCCUCCGAGACAACUCCAUUAAGAUCUGGGAUAAGCACACACUGGAGUGUCUGAAGAUCCUGACCGGUCACACCGGUUCAGUGUUGUGUCUGCAGUAUGAUGACAGAGUAAUAGUGACCGGUUCCUCUGACUCUACUGUCAGGGUUUGGGAUGCUAAUUCUGGCGAGGUUCUGAACACUCUGAUCCACCACAACGAGGCGGUUCUUCACCUGCGUUUCUGUAAUGGCCUUAUGGUGACGUGCUCUAAAGAUCGCUCCAUCGCAGUAUGGGACAUGGCCUCCGCCACUGACAUCAGCCUGCGCCGCGUGCUUGUGGGCCACCGGGCAGCUGUCAAUGUUGUCGACUUUGAUGACAAAUACAUCGUCUCAGCCUCAGGAGACCGAACCAUAAAAGUGUGGAGCACCAGUACCUGUGAAUUUGUCAGAACACUAAAUGGACACAAGCGAGGUAUUGCCUGCCUUCAGUACAGAGACAGACUGGUGGUUAGCGGCUCCUCGGACAACACCAUUAGAUUGUGGGAUAUAGAGUGUGGAGCGUGUUUGCGAGUCUUGGAAGGCCAUGAGGAGCUCGUUCGUUGCAUUCGGUUUGACAGCAAGAGGAUUGUCAGUGGAGCAUAUGACGGAAAGAUUAAGGUGUGGGAUCUACAGGCUGCUUUGGACCCACGUGCACCAGCCAGCACUCUCUGUCUGCGCACACUAGUGGAGCAUUCUGGCCGGGUGUUCCGUCUACAGUUUGAUGAGUUCCAGAUCAUCAGCAGUUCUCAUGACGACACCAUCCUUGUAUGGGAUUUCCUGAAUGUUUCUCCUAACGGACCAUCAGAAGGAGCCCCCCAUGCAGCCAGAUCACCCUCACGAACCUACACGUACAUCUCCAGAUAGCGGGUGCCUUUGAUGUGUGCCAGUGUCUCUUGGGAAAGCUGAGAUCUGAUUGGCUUACAGGCUUUUUGCCUGUCCCCGAAAAGAGUAAAAAGGAUUGCCUCCUUGUUUUCAUCUUUCCGGUCUGAUGGGAAGCUUCUCCUGUAACACUCAGCAAGUUUGCUACAGAAACGUAUUCACAUACCAACUAUGAGCUGACAUGGAAACACUGUCUCUGUAAUACUAUAGCAAACAGCACAAUUUUAACAGUUUCGCACCGCAUUAAUCCUAGUUUCACACUGCAAAUGGCAUUUAGAAGCUUGAAACGAUAUCUAUUGCCAGGGUAUUGCUAAGAAGUUCCUAGAAUAUAAUAUAAACUCUUGAUACCUGCACUAAUCCCUACCUCCCCGACCCAUGUAUACACAAAACACUCUAUCAAUAGAUGAUUUAACUUUCCCACUUUUCUUCUGAAACUGUUGAAUGGACAGACUCCUGUGUUUUAGAGAAAGAGACUCUUGGCAAGCCAAUCAAGGAGAAUGGACUACAUGGACAGACUAGUGAAGUAUUUUUAUCUCUCUUACUCUUUCUCUCUGGCCCUGGACUUUUCUGCAGGACGAGAAAUGCACCCUCCUAUUUAAGCGUUUGAGAUGGACUGCUCUGCACCGACAGAACUGAGAGAUUUCUCCACCUCAUCUCAUUCUCAUCUAAAGUUUGAGACUGGCAUUGUGCAUGUGAGACAGUGUGGAAUCAAUCCUCCAGACUCUGCAGUUUUCUCUUUUUUUAUUUUAUAUUUUUGUUUACUUUCAGAUUGUUUUAUUACUGUUUUUUAUUUAAGACUCGUUUUCAUUGUAUGCUUAUGCUAGGCAUUGUAGAGCCCUUUGUUCCAUUCAGUGGCUAGCGUUUUUUUUUUUUUCUUCUUUCUUUUUUUCCAGAUUUCUCUCUCGGUCUCUCUCAUGUGUGUGUGUCUGCCUGCUUGCUGUAUGAUAGCAGAUUCUAGUUGUAAGCCAAACUGUCUUGUCAAAUAUUGUCUUGUAUAUUAAAAUUAUUAUUUUCUAAGAAAAAUUCAUUUAUUGUGAAUAAAGUACAAGACUGUG